GGAUGAAGACUGUGAGGUUUGCAUUCUGUGGAUGAAGUCCGUGCAGGAGACUCCAUUCAGGACGGACUGACCGACCAGACGCAGCAUCAGGAGAAUGACGAGCGCCGCCCCGGCCAGAAAACCGUACCGGAAGGCUCCACCACAGCACCGAGAAACGCGCCACGCCCUGCCCACGGCUCCGCCACCACCUGCGCCGCAGCCCGACAUCAAUCAGGAGGCCUUAUCGGACUCGGACAGGAUCAGGAUCCUCCAGCAGCAGAAUGAGGACCUGCGACGCCGCCUGUCUCUCUCCACCCACAAGAUGGAGGCCAUGGAGGCGGAGUUCGAGGGCAGUCGUCACUACAUGGAGGCGGAGCUCAAUCAGACCCGAGACGACUUGGACAAGAUGAGGGACAAGUUCCGUAGACUCCAGAACAGCUACACGGCAUCUCAGAGAGCCAAUCAGGACCUGGAGGAGAAGCUCCACGCUCUGCUACGGAAGGUGGAGAGGGACAAAAAGACCAUGGACCAGGAAAUAGUGGAGCUGACCAAUAAACUGCUGGACGCCAAGAACACCAUUGACCGCCUGGAGGAGCUGAAUGAGCGGUACAGGCAGGACUGUAAUCUGGCCGUUCAGCUGCUUAAAUGCAACAAGUCGCAUUUCAGGAACCACAAGUUUGCUGACCUGCCCUCAGAGCUGCAAGACAUGCUGAACAAACACAUGAAGAGCAGCCUCCCAGAAAGAGGCCCUGCCCUCGGCGCUCAGGACCCAGACACGCUCAGUCUGACCCCAGCAGACGUUGUGCCCACCUCGGUCAUCGCUAGAGUCCUUGAGAAACCCGAGCCUCUGGUUCUGAAUUCAGCUCAGUCCAGCAGCUGCGGCAGACCCGUUGCUGAAGACGUUUUUGUUCACGUGGACAUGACGAGUCCCUUAGGCGCCGAUGCCCGGGAGAUGGGCGGUGCUCAGCAUGCCGAGCAGCAGAAUGGCUCCUGUCGAAGUCAGAGCAGCCUGGAUGAGGAAGGGGGCGGAAAAUCGUCUUUUGAGAAGCUGAAUCCGUAUCCGCCACCACCGCCACCCCACCCGCUCUACCCCGGCCGCAAAGUCAUCGAGUUCUCCUCCGACGACAAAGUAAAGAUCCCCAAGAACUCACCACUGCCUAACUGCACCUACGCCACCCGGCAGGCUAUUUCUCUGAGCCUUGUGCAGAAUGACGACGAGCGCCCUACCCCUGGAAGCCCUGCCCAUUCUUCGUCAUCGGGGGGCGGAGCCAACCAGCGCACACCACCAUCACAACGAUAUGCCACCAGCGAGCCACUGUCCAGUCAGUCCAGCCCGUUCAGCAGCCCACCACAGGCGCCAAGCGUCCCAGCCAGCUCUGGCAGCUCGGAAGAGGACUUGCUGGCCAACUGGCAGCGCAUGUUUGUAGAGAAGAUGGCGCCAUCAAGCGACGGUUCUCUGAUGCAUCGCACGUCGUUCAGCAGCCAAAUGGCCCAAGAGCUGCAGAGGCGGAGCCAGGCUGCAGGGGGUGGGGCCUCUGCCACGUCAGACCGCCACAGAGCGGCAUACUCUGACGGAGAAGAGGGUUCGUCUGCACGGAGUUGGACCCCAAGCCGCGGCUCCAGUUUGGACACUGACACGGACACAGAACCACGUUCCAGCAGGAGAGGACGGUUCGGUGGUCCGAACGAUUCUGAGGAGGGGGAGCAGCUUCUGAUGAACCUCGAGGACGAUGAAGGAGGCAACAGUGUGGCUGUAACCAUGGCAACCAGCCCUGUAGACGCUCACAGGAAGGAGGAAGAGGAUGAUAGCUCAACCGAAGAGCGGGAUGUGUUGCCUAGUGAGCUGCCUGUCAUCACGCCACGCCUCCUAGACUUUGAUCCUGCCCUUGGCGGUGUUGCCACCGCCCAACAUCGACCACAGAAGAGCCCGAAGAGGAUGGGUGUGCACCACCUACACCGCAAAGACAGCCUGACCAGAGCCCAAGAACAAGGCACGCUGCUGGACUGAAACCUUUGUCUCUGGAAAUUAGUUGACGCGUCCCACCCAUCCAGGAAAUAGCCAUACCUUACUGUAUGCUGCUGAGCUGAUACAAGUGUGUGGGUUCUGACCCAGAUCAGCUGUUGAAUGAAUCAGUUCGCCACACAGAGUUGUGGUUUGUUUACAAAACAAACAAACAGAAAACACUUUUUGUCAGAUUUAGUUAUUUUAGGUUUACAGAAUCA